UCAGAGAGGAGGCUGUUCCGGUGGGGAGUUUGAAUCCGAGUCUGGUCCCGCCGUGCCCAUCCUUACGCCAACCACGAUGACCUCCCGGGAAGCUGUGGGUGAACCCCCUCCGCUCCUGGGGACGCCGGCCGACGCUGAGCGUCCUCCACGAGCACUCCCACCUGUGCCAAGUGCUAUCCAAGACGAUAUUCCACUUAGUCAUCCUAAGAAAAAGAAGUCCAGAGCAAAAAGCACGCUAGCUACCUCUUCUUCAGAAGGCCAUGCUGAGCCCGUUGUUAACAGGAGGGCUGAAGGCAGUGAGCCACCAACUGCAGAACUCAAGGAGUACCCAGAAGCUCCUGCUCAAAGGAGACAGAAGAAGAUAAGACCGCCUCCUGAGUUGGAGACUUCCCUCACCGAAAGGCCAUCGAGUCCAUCUCUCCUACGGAACGAAAACGGCAUUGAUGUGGAACCUCGUGAGGAGACAGUGAUUCCGAAACCUCGAAGGAAGGCAAAGAAAACCCAGCCAGCUGAGCCACAGUAUGCUAGUGAGCUAGGGGUGGAAGAUGAAGACAUAGUCACAGAUGAGCAGAGCACUCUAGAGCACCACUCGAGGUUCACGGCCCCCACCGGAGUUAGCCAGCCUGUUGGCAAAGUAUUUGUGGAAAAAAGCCGGAGGUUUCAGGCGGCGGACCGUUCCGAGUUGAUAAAGACCACAGAAAACAUAGAUGUGUCAAUGGACAUGAAGCCAUCUUGGACUACCCGUGAUGUGGCACUUUCCGUGCACCGAGCUUUCAGGAUGGUCGGUCUGUUCUCUCAUGGCUUCCUGGCUGGCUGUGCUGUGUGGAAUAUUGUCGUGAUCUACGUUCUCGCAGGAGAUCAGUUGUCUAACGUCUCCAACCUUCUGCAGCAGUAUAAGCCCUUGGCAUAUCCCUUUCAGAGCCUUCUUUACUUGCUUUUGGCUCUAAGUACAGUUUCAGCAUUUGACAGGACUGACUUUGCUAAAAUAUCAGUAGCAAUCCGGAACUUUUUGGCCCUGGAACCAACAGCUUUAGCUUCUUUUCUGUAUUUUACUGCUCUAAUACUAUCUCUGAGUCAGCAAAUGACAAGUGACAGAAUCCACCUUUACGAACCUUCUGUCAAUGGGAGCCUCUGGGCAGCAGAAGCUGAGGAACCGAUUCUCGUGCCGUGGAUCAUAGUGAAUCUGGUGGUGGCUCUCCUGGUUGGAUUGUCCUGGCUCUUUUUGUCUUACAGGCCAGGCAUGGAUCUUAGUGAAGAGUUAAUGUUCUUUUCUGAUGUGGACGAGUACCCCGAGAAAGGAACCAAAGCAUCUCCAUAGCCCUGGCUCCUUCCCUGCAGAGUGACACCUGCGCUCCCCACUCCUGUUUUUAAGAGUAUUUUUAUAAGAUAUGUGUAUUUACAAUUGAGCUUUUGUUACAUAAUGCUAAAAUGCUACUGGAGAUUAUGAAAAAUGUUUAAAUGAUAUCUGGUCUUUAUACCACACAUUAACAUCUUUAUUAUUAUCACCUUAGUGAUACAGGAGAUAAUGAGCUAAAAAAAAAAAAAAAAAAAAAAAAAAGGCAGGUGAUAAUGUUUGUUUCCUGUUCUCUCAAAUUUGCUAAAUUCAUAAUUAUUAUCUAAAAAGCACCAAUUUAAAAAAAGCCUUAACUUCAGUGUUAUAAAAUAUACAUCAAGCUUAAAUGUAAAUUUAGAAAAUGGGGGAGAUGGAAAAAUGUCUUCAUUUUAUAUUUUAUAUUUUUGAUGUCUUCUUAUUGAACAUACUGCAGUAUAUAAUUUGUGUUUUCUGAAUCUGGCCAGUGUUGUGUAUCAUGUAAUAAUUAUGUUGUCAUUUGAAUUGAAAGAUGCUUUAUAGCUAAUAAAACAGAAAUACAUCUCUU